UUAUUCAAGCCAUACAAUCAUUUAUUUUCAUCUUCACUACCGAAACAAUUGACACAUGAUGGAGUUAAAAUUGACACUUUUAAUUGUUGCGACAUUGGUUGCUUAUGCUGCAAGUUGGAGUUGCACGGAAUCUGAUUGGGCUAAAUAUAAGGAAGAAUACAAUAAAGAAUAUGAUUCCGCCGAAAUAGAUUUGUAUCAUAAAAAUACUUUCUGUGAAAAUCUUAUCAAUAUUAUCCAAAACAACCAGGAUUAUGAAAUCGGCGAGGUUAACCAUAAAUUAUCGGUGACAACAUUUACGGAUCUGUCACCUACGGAGCAAGAAGAAUACCGUAAGAGUCAUGGUUUUAAAAGAAGACGUGGUGGUUAUAAGCCAAAACCAAUUGAGUAUGAAGAGGAACAGGAAUAGUUGAUUUGUAAAUAAAACGAUAAGUAAGUUUUAAACUUAUGCACGUGUUUAAAUAUCAACUUAGUCAAGAAAGGCUUCAAUUUUCUGAAGUGAAAUGAUAUUUUAAACGAAAAUUUGAUUUUAAUAAAGCUAUUUCUUUCUUAAAAGUGAA